CGGGUUUCCUCUUGAUCUGCAUCGCUGCCCCUCGCUGCGACGACAUGGUCCGGCUUCUAUGUCCGCAUCCGGCCUGCCAGCACCACGAGCUUGCAUUUGCCGCUCUGCUUGAUGAGAGGGUCGUCCAGUUCUCCCCGGCUCAAAGCGGCGCCAGUGUCUUCCUCUCGCUGCGAUGCCCUGCCUGCCGCCACGGCCUCUAUCCAUGCCCAGGCUGUCUUGCGCUCCUCCCUGCUCAGGAUGUGGAAUGUGCUGCAUGUGGCUUCGCUUCCACUGCUGCUCUGCAGAUUGCCAACCAGACCCGAACUUAUGACAUCCAGCUCCAUCUGAAUUCGGCCGAGUACCUCGCCCGGGUGCAUCGGAGCUACCUGACCUCUGCGUGCCAUCUUAGAAGCCAUCUUCACAAAACCCAUCUUGAUACCAAGCCCGGCGUUGGGGCUGGAACCCCCCGCUUGCGGCGAUGCCGACGAGGAGCCCGAGGCGGACAACGGAAAAGCCAGCGUGCUGUCCCAGCGCAACCAAGCGAUGCCGAGACGCCUCAGCGGCGAGAUGGAGACAGUAUGGAUGUGGAUGAUCCAGAUCGUAUGCGCUGCGACGACCUGGGCGAGAGCAUAUCCGAACCCGGGCCCAGUGCCUUGGGACGCAUCGGUGCACAGAGCCAGUCAGAAGGUCCUCUGUCCGGCACUGGAAAUCGACUGCAGACCCCGAUCUCGGUUAAGCUCAAAAUGUCGGGUCAGAGGAUGAAGCGCCCCGGGCCUCCCUCGCAGCGCCAUCUUCCCGGAGACGAUUCGGGGUCGCCUGAGAUCGGCCGUGCAUCAGCGAUGCGAUAUCCACUCAACGCAAGCGUCAUUCGCUCGAGACAAUCGAAUCCGUUGGCAGCAAAGACACCGACUCCGAAUGCGCAGAAGAUUCCGCCGCGACGACAUCCGGUGGUGCUGUUUCAGCUGCACAAAUCCCGAAUGGACUAUGUGUCGGAUCCUGGGAAUGUGAUUCUGGCCCGCAACAGUCUGUGUGGUUUGAGGCCGCAAGAGCGCUUCGAAGCAUGGCAGCUGAGGCACGAUGAUGAUGCCCUCGUCGAUGGACAAUUCUACAGCAUGGCAACUGCCUCUAACACCACCACCAUCGCCACCAUUCUCGAGUUUGCUGCAGCCCUGGUUGAAACAAUCCCAGAAAUGGUUGCAUCAAAGCAGCUUCUUGCUGCAGAAAGGGGCGUCCUAGGCUCGGAUGGGAUGGAAUCCCGGUGGUUUCGGCAAGCAGCCGAUUACCGCGUGAGUGAUCCACGCAGCAACUACCCGGAUGCCUCGAUGUCGAUGGCAAGACCACCAACCGUCGGUCGAAACUGUGUCCAAAGCCAGGCACUGGCAUCGUUCCUGCUCCGUCGACACCACAAUCACAUCGAUCGAUUCCGGAGCCGCUGUCUGCCGUUUCUGCGCCAGCUCAGCCUGAUCCGCUCUCGGAUCGAGCAUUUGCGAGGCGCUGGUGCUGUCGGAAUGGCCCAACUUCCCGAUGAAUCCCAAGGGCCACUGGAUUCGCCAGCCGCCACCGCCGGUCGGGAGCUUGCACUGCUGCACCUCGCGGCUGCCCUGGCCGACCGUUUGGCCGAUAAUCUACCGCAUGGACCAGCCUGUGCCAGCAUGAAUCCGCUUCGCUCACAAGAUUCUGUCGCUCGGCGAGGAAGAGCGUCCCGCGGCUGCGGUGUGGUGGCGGCUCUGGGACACCCGCUGCUGGCUGUGCGAUCGGCCUGGUUCGUGGUGAGCACGUUCAUGGUUCGUGGUCGCCCGAAACGGAUGAGUCUGCUGGCGCCCGAACGGAUGUGGUUCCGUCUCGGCUUCCCCUGGCUCUUCGCCGGUCCCUCCCCCCCCCCGGCACUGGUCGGCCAGCCUUCACAUCUGGCUUCGAUGGACGCAAUGCACAUAUACCGAAUUCCCAGCGAGGUUCUGGUCGAAAUCGCCAGAUACCUGACUCCUGCCCAACUGAGGGAGCUCGCCCGAAGUUGCAGACACAUCCGCCGGGCGCUGGACAACGGACCGCUGUUGCUGGAGAAGAGCCAGUUCGGCCAGCUGGAUGCCCUGGCUUCGCUCGAGCCGCUGCUGUUCCAGCGCCUGCCCACCCCGCCUUCCGAGCUGCUGACCCUUUCGCUGGAAAACCGGAUGAGCUGGCUGGCCAUCAGCAUCCUCAAAGCCGCCGACAACGAGCUCUUCAACGCCAACGAGGCCUUUGAAAUCGUCAACCGCACCCAAAACACAUCGCCACCGCUCGUCCGAUUGCUCAUCCACAAAGGUGCGCCUCUGUAUCGACAUGGAGGCCGGUGCCUCGUCAAUGCGGCCUCGCAGGGGGCUUUCGAAACCAUAGCGACGCUGGUCGACGAGGGCUUCCGACCCAACGGUCUGCACGGCGGCGAAGCGCUCGUCAAGGCCCUGGAGGCUGGCCAUCGGGACGUUGCCCUGUAUCUCCUGCCGCUCUGCGACCUGGUUCACUACGUUGGCCAGGCCGCCGUCCAAGUCGCCCUCCGCACGAGAGACUUUGACAUGUUCCACCUGCUGAUCUCCGAGGGCCGCUACAACCUGCAGCGGGACAAUGGCGGGCUUCUCCUGAAUGCCGUUGCCGACUGCGACCUGGAGAGCGUGCGAUGGCUCAUCCUGAUGGGCUACCCAGUCGCCGAAGUCGGUAUUCUGGCCCUCUCGGAGGCCCUCGUCAGCAAGCAAGACGAGCUCUUCCAGGAGCUGCUGGUUUCGUUCGAGUCCCCCGUGGACGAUUUGCGCUUCGAAGCUCUGCUGAGGACUGCCACCCGCGACGGGCUUGUCGAAAUUGUAAAGUACCUCAACGACCGCGGCUACUACCUCAACAUCCUGACAGGGGCCUAUAUCCAGAUCCCGGACGCCCCGAUCGUUGUCGGAACCGGGUUCGACCCUCGCAAAGACGGGCGGUACUGCCUCCGAACAGCAGCCGAGAAGCGCGACAUUCACACGAUCGAGGUCCUCGUCCGUCUCGGCGUCGAUGUUCGUGGACGGGAUGGAGCCGAGGCCAUGAUCGACGCCAUCGUCAAAGGAUACGAAGAUAUCGUCAUAUACUUUCUGACCGCCGGCGUCAGUCUCCUCAGGUAUGGCGCCGAGGCCAUCACCUUUGCCAAGAAAUACGGACGCACGGGCAUUAUCGAGCUUCUAGUUGCCAAUAUGCCUGACCAUGCAGUCCCGCCUCCAAGUUUUGCCAGCGCAAAUGCCGAGGAUGAGCAUGCCGACGAAUCCGAGCGAGAGCCUGACUCCACGCUGACGACAACCGCGGGCCCGAACCCACCCGAGACGACGACAGAAGCCGUCGCGCUGGAAGGCCAGGACGAAGCAUCGCUGAAUCGCCGCCACAUGGUGCGGCUUGCCCAAGCCUCCAAUAUCAGGGCCUUGGAUCAGCUGCGAAGGGACGGCGCCAGCUUCAAUACGAUGUACGCCCACGAUGCCCUCAUCACCGCGGUUGCCCAAAAGCGGGUCCAGGUCGUCCUGUUCCUGAUCAAAAAGUGCUCCAUGUCCCUCGAUGGCUACGUCGGUCGGCAAGCCGUCAAGGCCGCGAUCCGGAACCGAGACCUGUUCAUGCUGGAUCUCCUCACCUUGAACUCGCCGAAUCCCUUCAACCUUGGCACCGACGACGGUUCGCUCCUUGUCUCGGCUGUCGAAGAGUCCGAUGAGGACAUGAUCCGCCGCUUGAUCAGCCGAGAGUCGCAAAAACGAAAGCAUUAUCGCGAUCCUGGAGGAGGCUCGCAGGCUUCAAGCGGGUCCCCUGGACAGCGAUUCGGGUUCUGCGGCCCACGAUGCUGGCCAAACGGACUAUUCAAGUGA